AAAUGCUAGAAGAAGAAAGAAUUAGCAUUUUUGAUGAAAAUUUUGAUGAAAAUAAUACUAUAGAUAAUAUUAUUUACCCUACCGUUGACUUUAAUGCUAAAUGGGAGUUGGCAACUCUUUUUACAAAUAAGUUAAAUUUACCAUUUUAA